GGCAAGACACACCAAUGCAAUCAACGAGAGUCAAGUUAUGAACAGCUGGAGGAUGUAUGCAUGUAUCGCAUCAGUCAGUCAUUAUCUACACGACGAAUAAGCAUCCGCCACAAUGCAGCCAGCUACGCAACCAGCACGUAUGUAUCACGCACUCAUGUUGGCCACCUUCCGUUGCCUACGCGCGUCAUCCGCCUCCUCAUGGCGCCAGAAUGGAUCAUCCAGCACUGGCCCCGCUGGUUUGGGGCCUUUUCUAAGGUGUGGUGGCCGUGCGGUGGGCACUCUCUGCGAUGUGGUGCUCUGGAUGGUCCAGUCCGUGGCGGGGUCGUCAUCGACCAGCACCUAAUCAGGAGGCCGGGCCGGGCCGGGCCAUACACACAUACACACAUACACACACAUAUCCCGUGUCUGUCUGCAUUGGGGAAGGGCCUGGCCUCUCUCGUGUGCAGCCCAGCCCUGGUUGAUACCUCUGCGUGUGGGUUGUCGUAGCAUACGAUCUCUUUGAGCAGGCGGAUGCCCGACACACGCUUGCCUAAUGAAUGCCGUCCGUGUCCAAAGGAAAGAGAGAGACACAGACAGACAGACAGACAGCCAUUUGUUUGUGCCGUGGAUAGCUAGAUGCAAGGAACGCUCGUCCUUGUCUGCUGACUGACCUUCGCAUCUGUGUAUCGUUUGCAAGUUCUCAUCUUCGCAGUAGAAGGGAUACGCCUGGCCAUCGAUUGACACACUCACUGGUCGGGUCGAUGGGCUCUCUGUGUGCAUUCAUUGUGUGGGUACCUUGGACCAGUCGAGGAAGGCAUCGAGCACUCGCUGACGCGUCUCCGGGUCAGACUGACCAGACAGACAGAGGCACACCACACCAUGAAUGUCAGUGAUGUCGUGUGUGCGGAGUGGACCUCGUAUCUGUGCAUGAGUGUGUAGCAGCUGCCGCAGAGUCUGAACCAGCUCCAAAAGUGAGACGCACGCAUCGUGUUGAUGCUCCUCAGACCCAGCGACCACUGGUCAGCAUAGCUAAGGCCUUAGCAACGGCAAGGCAAAUGCACACAUGUCAUCGAUGUGUGCUAGAUAGAUGUUUGGCCCCUCCUUGUCUGUCUGCAUUGCAGUGAACCUCUGAAGUCUAUGGUGCUUCGUAUGAGGUGCUGUCGGAACUCAGGCACGUACAAACUGUUGAUGUCCGCCAUCGGGAUGCCUGCAGUGCAGUGCAAGCAACACACACGGAUGAGUCUCCCACGCCUCACCGAUCCAUUCAUCUAUCCCGGAGACUGUCGGCUGCUGACCUGCCCCGCCAUGGCCGCCCUUGAACCGAAGACCAGGCCUGAAACAACCAACGAACAAAUCAAUGAACAGCCAAACAUCCGAAUGCCAUCCAUCAAUGUGGUUGGUUGCGUGGCCGACUGUGCUGACUGACCCUCUCCAAAUGGUCAUGCGUCGGAUCUCCUCGAGCACGCUAUUGUGUUGUGUGAGCUGGUCCAUCGUCGGAUCCGUGACAGCGGCGAAGUCCGGGCAUACGUACGUGAUGAACCCUGUCAGGUUGUCGUGCCUGCAAAGAAAGAAAGAAACCAGCCAGCCAGGACAAUAUAGCAAGGAAUACGACUCUCUUGCUCACAUGUAGAAGUCGGUCUGCGGCAGCAGCGUCGUCUCCUUCUUGUACUCGCCACCCUUGAGCUUGCACGCGUACGGCGCUGGACGAAAAACACAGUCCCACACACGGCGGUGACAUGGGCCGCUUCACCUACCUACCUCUGAAGAGCUGGAACUUCAUGUAGGGAUGUCUGUCGACCACGUCACGCAGCUCCGGCUGGGAUGCCCCCCUCGUGUCGGCACCGUCGGCAGUGUCCGGCAGCCCCGAUGCGGUGUGGUCUAUCUGCAUGGUUUUGGUGUCGAGCAGGUGGAUGGCGUUGAGCAGCGUCGGCAGCACCUCACACUGACGCUCGUAGUUGCUGAACUGCAUACGAACGGACAAAGGUCCCCGUAGUCCGUGUUGCACUACACAGACAUCCCCACGUCCAGGCCUCCUGUAGGUACCUGUAUCUGUGGGUACAUGACGUGCACGGAGAACUUGUCAGGGUUGGCGGAAGCCAAAACCUGUGGCCAGUGCAAUCCAAUCCUCACACAAAGAAAGCAAGACUGCUGCCCGGUAUCGGUCGAUGUGUGCACGUGCCAGCCGCUCAUACCACCGGCUCGAGCUGGUCGUCGUCAACACUGAAGAACCAACUCACCUGAGGAAAGCAAUACAAUACCCGCAGACGGGAUGGGGAUGGCGAUGGGCUGCCGUGUGUGCAUCCUCGAGUACUCUCUCACUCACCAGGUGUUGCAGGGACGAAAGAAACCUGUUGCCAUGCUUCUUCAUCGGCUUCUUCCUGAUGCAAAACACAAAACUCCCACAUCCAUCCAGAAUGUGCCUCCUUCCAUUGCCCAGCCCCCGACCGACCGCCUACCCGUCCAGGUCGAAGUAGAGGACCCGCGGAUGGUGCUCGGCCGCCACCUCAUAGAGCCCCGUGAGGUAACCCAUCUUGUGCCGGCUGUACACGUGGUCCCAGAAGGACGCAUGCGACGGAAAGUACGAGUACUUCUGGGUGGUCACGAGUUCCCCCUUCUUGUUGGGCAGCUUCCUCAAGUAGCUCGACCCCACCCACACCGCACUCCCCGGCGGUUUCGCCUGCAGCAGCUCCUCCUUGGUUGGAAAGAAGACCAGGCCAUCCUCGUGACACUGGAAACCCUGCACAGAUGGCAAUUUCAGGAGAUGGAACAGGCAGACAGAUGUGCAGGCGCGAAGAUCUGUGGGCGUACCCUGCCUACGAGGUGAGGGAAGCUAGAUGCGCUCCUAUGCCAUGAUGGUCUGGCUCUCAGUGCUCCAACCGGCAACCCAGAUGAGAAGACGCGCCUCAUGACGUCAUGAAUUCGAUCGGCCAU